UGCAUGUUUUUUAAACACAUGUAUUUAACAAAGUAACAAGUUCCUGUUCAAAGAUAAAGAUUCAUUUUUAACAUAAUGAAGACAGCUGCACUCUGCAGCCUGGCGUGGGCUGAAACACAAUGCUAGGUUACUGUUGUUAUUUAAUGAUCCAUUUGGUGCCAAAUUCAGGAUGUAGAAGUUACAGCUUCAACCAUUAGUAAAGCUUUCACUUGCUCCUAGCAAGUUUCUAAAACUUUGUGCCUUUCCCCCCCUGUUCCCUUGAUUAUGAGCCUUUACUACGUGUUUACAGUAAUCUAAAAAAACUCAUUUCUAAGCUGUUUAGAGACUACCUACACUACAUGUAUAUUUGAACUGAAACCUGUUUCAAAGAUGGAUUUUCCUCCUUAAAUCUUCAUAUAAACUGAAACUUGUGUUGACUAGUAAAUUUAAACGAUUAACUAAAUUUCCUUCUCAGCUUGCUGUCUCAUAUCUGCUGGCAUCUAGACCUCAGCGCUGCACUUGCCCACAGUCAUUCAGAAAUUGGCCAAUUCUUGUGUGGAAAUCCAUAAAUCUCUGACAUAAUGAAUGAAUUAAUCCUUGUUUCUCUAUCACUGGUGAAUUCUUGAAUAAGUGCAUUUAUUUCAUGAUGUUUUCAGCAUUAUAAUGGCUGUGAAUGCUCCAUAUUUUCUAGAAGGAGUAAAGCUUACAUAUAACACCAGUUAGUAAUCAUUACAGUGGAAAUGCAGUCAAUUUUCUUUUUGCUAAAUAACUCCAGUAUUGACCCAGUAAAUUCUUUAUAUAUUAACACUUCAACGGUGCAGCGACUGGUAGCUCUAUCUGUUAGCGUUAGCAUUUGCUCAUAAACAUACACUUUCUUCCAUCAAACUGAUGGAUUGUCACAAUUUCAAUUAAGAAGAUCAAAUGACAUUUUUAUGAAACUUCUUCUGCACACGUAUCAUACUUUGCUUGUGACAGUCAUGUGUUGAAUUUUGUAAAUGUGGGAGAUGGUACUAAUAAAUAACAUUGGAUGAAUUAAAUUACAGCACACUAUAACUGUAGUUUUUGCUUACGAUUGUAACCCGAGUGAUGCAUAAAUUGUUAACGACACAAGACACACAACCUGAGGGCUAGAAUUACCCGGGGCAUAGUACUGGCCCCUUUCAUUUCACAGGCCCUGUUCUUACCAGGCACAUCACAGCCUGAUGCUUGUGAGUGGGAACGUUUCAAAAAGGACAAGUUUUAAAGACAGGCCGUAAUGUCGAUACCGUCAUUUGAGUCCCUCUGCUUAAAAGACGAUGACAACUGUCCAUCCCCAACUGAUCUCGACAGCUUUGGCGAUGAGUUUGACAAAGACUUGGAAUCAGAUGGAAAUAAGAUCAACAAGGAGAUGGACACUGCUGAGGUGUACAUGCAGGCCUGCAAGCUGGUAGGUGUGGUGCCGGUCUCUUACUUUAUUCGAAACCUUGACUCUCCAGCUGUGACACUCUCCCACCAUGGGCUCGGACCUUUGGGAUGCAAGGCACUUGCUAUUGCUUUAGUGACUGAUACGCAAAUAAGCGCCCUGGCACUGGCAGACAAUUCAAUUCAAGCUGAGGGAGCCAAAUACCUCAUGGAGACGUUGAGGGCAAAUUUCACCAUUCAGCACCUGGAUAUAUCCCACAACCAUCUGAAAUCUGCUGGGGCUGAGUAUGUGGCUAAAAUGUUGCUGGACAGCAUUUCGUUAAAAUCUGUGAAGCUUUCAGGGAAUGGAUUUACUGAUGAUGAUGCUAAAUAUUUUGCAGAUGCUCUGUCAACCAAUUCCAGGAUAAAGGUACUGGAUCUGAGCCAUAAUGAGUUUUGUGGAAAAGGAGGGGAACAUUUGGGACAGCUGCUGGCAAACAAUGAGGGCCUGGAGGUGCUGGACCUCAGCUGGAAUCAUCUAAGAAUGAAAGGAGCUGUGGCUUUUUGCGCUGGGUUAAAAGUGAAUAUGAUGUUAAAGCACCUUGACUUAUCGUGGAACGGUUUUGGGAACGAAGGUGCUCUGGCAAUGGGAGAAGCCCUCAAAUUCAACACCACCCUGGUGCAUCUCAACCUCAACAAUAACCGCCUGACCAAUGAAGGCGUCAGCAUGCUGUGCAGGGGUCUUGAAUUCAAUGACACACUCAGAGUCCUGACGUUGGCUUAUAACUCUUUGACAGUAGAGGGCGCACUGGCUCUAGUCAACGUGGUGAAGAACUCACCUAAAGCUGCCUUGGAGGAGAUCAACAUAUGUAAUGUGCUGGUAAAUGAGCACUUUGUGCAUCUAUUGGAGGUGACGUGUCAGGAGCAUCCUGGUCUGGAUGUACAGUAUGGAGGCGUAGGAGGCUUCAUGGCUAAGAAGCCACCAAAACGUGUUGAUCCAAUGAAAGUCAUUCAGGAUUAUCUGGACCAACGGAAACUGCGGCUGUGGGAUUUCUUUCGAAACAUCGAUAAAGAUGGCAUCAUGAGAGUGUCUGUUACUGACUUCAGGAAAGCAGUUCAGCAAUCAAGCAUUCCCUUGGACCGAUACCAGAUUGAGGAGCUGAUUCAGAGACUUGAUCGGGACAGGACAGGAAUGGUGGACUACAGGGGACUGGCAGAUACAAGGAAACAAAUGAUGAGGGAUCACCGCCGCCAGCUUAGGAAAUUUGAGUCCCGUCAGAAGAAAGAGAAGCAGAAGAGUGACCGCAUUCUCAAAACCUUCCAAAGUGCUGUGGAGGCGGUGACACCUCACAGCUCCAUAGUCAUGUCUCCAGGAGGUGCCAAAGAAGACUCGAGUGGCCCGCAACACUUUUCCGCCACCCCUCUCAGCUCUUGGCACCACAUUGUCAUGUCCAACAGCAGCCGCUACUCUGUCACUAACAUGAGCAACAUCCACCUGCCCAUGUUAAGAGGCGCCACGCCUUACCGUCCCACCAGCUCCUCCGGGAUGCGUUCGUACUCCCAGCCAAACCUGUCGGCCGAUUCCCCUCGCUCUGCUCCAGACAAGUCCAUCUCUGCUCAGGGCGUUCGCUCAGAUCCAGAGAGGAGCCACAGCAAGCUAAGCCCCACUGCUAACAGCCUGACGAGAUCCAGGCCCGCUCUCAAUGUAAAGCAGUCAGAGGGUAAAAGUAAAGUCAAAGCCAAGAAAAUGAAGAAAAAGAAACCGAAGAAGAAUGCAGACAAAGCUUCAAAGAACCCUGCAGUAACGGUCAAGUGACAUGAACACUGUAUAAUGCUGUAUUACGUGAUAUAUUAUACAUGUGAUUUGUUUUUCCCUUGGUUAUUAUGUCAUGCAAUAUUUUUAAAUGAAUAAAUAACACAUUU